UCACCUACCUCAACACUCAUAUUCUCCUCUGUAUAACCUCGUUUUGACAGCUGUGGCAUUGUCGGCUAUGGGGACAGCCCCUCGUCAUCGUGCGAAGUCACCUCUCCACUGGAACGGUUGAAAAGCAACCAUCCCCAUCCUCUUCCAAUGACCCCGUUGUCGCCGUCGUCGUCCCAGAUGAGAUUUCCCAUGCCAUGCUCGGCGGGCGCAUCCUGGGCAGCCUAUCGUGCCCGCUUCAAGGCAGUCUUCAACGGUGCUGACCCAGCGGUGCUGGUCGCCUUCUGGCUAUUUGGACUCAUAAACAAUGUCAUCUAUGUCAUCAUCCUCUCCGCCGCCCUCGACCUCGUCGGCCCCAACAUCCCCAAGGGCGUUGUCCUCCUCGCCGAUGUCAUGCCCUCCUUCCUCACGAAACUCGUUGCUCCAUACUUCAUCCACAGGGUACCAUACAGCGCUCGCAUACUCAGUUUUGUGCUGUUAUCAUCAAGCGGCAUGCUUCUUAUCGCCCUGACACCACCCACUGCAGACGGUGGAUCCGUCACCAUCAAGAUGAUCGGGGUCAUAAUAGCGAGUCUCAGCAGCGGCGGCGGAGAACUAAGCUUCUUGGGCCUCACUCACUACUAUGGGCCCUUCAGUCUGGCCGCCUGGGGUAGUGGGACUGGAGGGGCUGGGCUGGUCGGUGCUGGCCUCUAUGUUCUUCUCACAACUACGAUAGGGUUUACUGUGCAGAACAGCCUGCUUGCCUCUGCCUUCUUACCCCUCCUCAUGGCCAUCAGCUUCUUCCUCAUUUUGCCCCAAGGACCACUCAAGUUCGCGAGGCCAAUGAAGGAAUACCGAACUGUCCCGAACGAGGAGGGAGUGGACGAUGUAGACUUGCCAACGGAGAGCCUUCUUCGUGAUACCACCGGAAGUACUGGCCUCCUUGACAGCAGCCCUGUCACCUCUCCAACAUUUCGCCAGAAUCUCCGACGAGCGAAAUCGCUGUUCUUCCCAUACAUGCUUCCUCUCCUCCUCGUAUACAUCGCCGAAUAUUCCAUCAACCAGGGCGUAGCACCCACCCUCCUCUUCCCACUCUCGUCCACUCCAUUCACAGACUUCAGGUCCUUCUACCCGUUUUAUAAUUUCCUCUACCAAAUCGGCGUCUUCAUCGCCCGGUCCUCAACACCAUUCAUCCGCAUCCGUGCGCUCUAUCUCCCGUCCGUGCUCCAGGUCGUCAACCUGAUGGUUCUCAUCUCGCACGCCAUGUAUAACUGGAUUCCCAGUGUUUAUCUCGUCUUCAUGAUUAUGUUCUGGGAAGGGCUACUUGGUGGGGCAGUAUACGUCAACACUUUCGCAGAUAUACUGGAGGAGGUCCCGGAAAAAGACAGAGAGUUUAGUCUUGGGGCUACCAGUGUCAGCGACUCGGGUGGUAUCUGUAUUGCUGGGUUCAUCGGCAUGGCCCUGGAAGUGUCUUUGUGCAACUGGCAGGUUAGCAGAGGGCGGACGUUCUGUAAACAGUUAUGAAUUAGCUACAUCGACGUAUUAUGAAAUCUAUAGACUUGAAUCCCAGUCCUUUUCUCAAUUUGGCGCAAAUAUUGACGGACACUGUUGAAACACAUAAUUGGAG